GCACUAUCUUAAGAAGUUCUUUAAAAACACAAAUCGAAUCGCAUUUCUCCCAGGGAAUCAAAUCAAAGAAGAAAAUGAACUUGAACACAAGCAGUGAGGUUGAAACUCGUACCAAGCUUGACGAACUCUGUAACUUCGACAAAAAAGGCCUCUUUGAUCUCGAUCAUCCUCUUGUUAACCGCAUCGCCGAAAGCUUCGUCAAAGCCACCGGAAUCGGAGUCGUUCAAGCCGUUUCUCGCGAUGCUUAUUUCUCAGCCAUUGACGGUACCAGAACCGAUAACAAUGGCGUUAAAGCUUCUUCGGAUGGAUCAGCCGCUGGAAAACGCCGUUUGCUGGGACUUAGAGGAGAGACCAGUAACAAAUCUCUUGAGGCUAUGGUGAGUUGGUUACACUUCUCCCUCUAAAUUAAGCAUGUUAGC